AUGGCCGCAUUCGUGCGCGUGUCCGGGCCUCCGAACAGCAACUUUCUCGUCGGCUACCCUGGCAUAUCAGCAACUCUGCCCCGCAUCGAGGGAAAGGUUGAGAUACGACCCAGCGCUGGCAUAUCCGCCCCCGUUAACAUUUCCAUGGUCACAAUAUGUCUGCAGCGACGAGAGACGAUACAUCCCUCUGCGGACUCGGUAACGAAGAGACACCUCGCGGCGCCCCGCAAAGAGAUUACGGAUAUCGUUGGCAAAGAAAUGCUCCUCUUCCGUUGCCCGAUGGGCCGUGAUCAUGAAGAGAUUAUGGCGAUGGACCUCCCCUUCGUAUUAUUUAUACCGUUCGGCCGAGGCGGACAGGAAUCAUCUCGGAGACUACCGCCGCCCAGCUUACAGCUCCCCAGCCGGACCGCAGAGACAUUGUACGAGUUGGUGGUUAUGGUUCAACAAGGCCCGUCGGAACAGAAGAAGUAUGCAUUUCCUGUGCCGUUGGCGCGAUACGAUACUUUGUCAACGUUUGGGAUGUAUAACCGACCCGAAUCAUCGCAAAAGGUAUCGGACCAUUUGGUUACUCUGGGAAUAUCGUUACCGCGGUGGUCAUAUGGACCUCUCGACCCUGUUAGCGUAUAUGUGCAGCUUUCCCCGAACCCAGAUUGGAUAAGUAAAGCCCGAAAAGUCACAAUUCAAAAGCUUACCCUUACCAUCGACGAAGAGAUUAUUUACAACCAUGAGGGCGAUGAGCCUCAGCGCAAAGUGAAAACCUUGGCGAAGAGGUCAGAAAGCGUGGGUAUGAAACUGCCCGAAGCAGGGUAUAUCACCAAUCUGGGUCUGGUAUUCCCUGCGAGGGACCUACGCGAUUCAGAUGGCAUUCUACCGCGUUCAAAACCGGGCUUUCCAUUUUAUGCUGUCACUUCAUUUACCACAACCGCGUCACUAUAUAAAAUCGAAUAUUAUCUUACGGUCAAGGCCCAUUUAACUUCAGCUAAAGACAUAGUACUUCGCCAGCCCAUUGUCGUCUGUCCUCAGGAUCAUGUUGGAUGCAAAGAAGAAAUGGAAGCCAUCGAGCAGGCAGCUAGAGAAGCCAGGCAUAUUAAUCCCGAUAAUCCGAUGUUACCUUUGCCAACAAUAGUGCGAGCUCACGACCCCUACGCAUUGAAUUACAUCAACGUAGCGAUUGUGGGCAAUGUGAAAAAGCCGUUGAUAGAUUGAAAUACUACAAGCCGGCACCUGGCCCUUGUGAUUUGCCCAUCCGACCGAAAUUAACACGGCCGCCCGUUUUCGUAACGUACGUUGAACGACUUAUGACUGAUUCACGACCCUCCUAACACCAACACCCACGUAUUAGUGAUGGCCCGGCUCGGUAUUAUGAUGUCUCAUCACACCUAGCUGCUUAGCGCUUCUCUGCCGCUACCUCCGGUAUGAACGCGCGAUAAGUGUCAUGGUGAAAACCAAGUGUGCGAAGGGGUUUGGGAGCGCAGUGCAAUAUAGACACAUCGUUUCUAACCACCCUCACCUUGCUUAACCUUUCUAUGCCGACCGGCGGCGCCUUUGAUAUGACCUACCUUCGAUUUAUUUUUGGAACUCCUCAAACGGUCGGCGAUUUUAUCCUUUUAUCGGCGAACCCUACUCAUCGAACCAGAAAGCCUGUUUUCAUUCAUACAUACGUACGUAUCCACUUUUGGGUCAGAUUUACCUGCUCUAUUGGCAAGGGAAUAUCCAGACGGGGCAUUUUACGGAUUUCUCCCUAUUGGCAUUAAUACUUUUCUUCUUGGGCCUGGUGGAAAAUCUGUUUUGCAUCUGGGAAUGUUACGGAGUGAAGGCGCUUUAUUUGACCCCCCCAUUGGCAAUUUUUUUUUAUGGAGCUAGAGGGCGCGGAUUGAUUCCUAAUUCUCUUCUAUUGUUCACAAGUGUGGAUACGAUAUCCUUGCUUUCUUUCUUGUCACAUCCCAAUAGGGACCUUAUUAUGAACAGCGACCAUGUUUUGUUCAGUGUGGUUGAGAUGAUGGUACUUUACAAGACACAUGCAAUUACUACCGUUCUUGAGUGUAUGUCGAUUUUGCCUACGGGCAAUGCUACUAUCUGGAUACUCUGUACGGAGUAUGCCAUUAUUAUUAUGUUCGACACACA